CAAUAGGCGGGCACAGCCAAGCGGUCACGGCGCCUAAACAUUCCGCCGGAGUGCUCAUUUCAAACCUUACCUUCGAAGCGGGCAGACCGUGCGCGUUGGCUAGCAAUCCUGUCAGCAGUCUGUGUAAGGAUCGUUGAGCCUUUUUCCCUUCGAGUGGACGACUGUCCCUUAGUGACGUUAGCUAUCCUGUACCAAGGAAGGAUUUUCCACGUACGAAGCGAAAAUUUGCAUGGCUAAUGAGCAUAAGUGUACUGCGGCGAUAAAAACGACGGCUGCUAAUGGAAUAAUUCAUUACGGUGUGGUGACGCGUUGUGUGAUUUCUAUCUAGUGUGAUUGAAACACCUUUAGAAAAGUGAGUUGAACUGGACUGUUGAACACACAAGAAGGUUUUUCUUUGCGGAAACACGUCCUGUGUUCCAGGAAUUCGCCUUCCAUCGGUUCGGUGUGUGCUCGCGUGUGUGUGUCUGUGCAUGUAGCAGUAAGGAACAGCAGGAAGAAAGUGAAACAGCGUCGUGGAGCCAGCUGUACCAACUAGCAGCACCAUCCUAGCUUCCUAGCACGUAAACUACCGGCCACAGUGAACAAGGGAGUUUUCCACGAAUCCCAACUCCGGGCGGCCGUAUCGUUUGCCGCCAACGGUCGCAGGCUCAGCUUUUGCCGGCAACACACACACAUAUUGGUUGCAUAUGAUUGUCACAGUGACAGCCGAAACAACAACGGCCCGUGCUAGCUAAAAGUGCGCGAAAAGCUGGCUUUUGCUGUCAAUAUAUACCCCCGCCUGGUACGGUGCGAAGAAGGUAAAGAGAGAAGCGAAGAAAAGAUAGAGUGCGCGCACGAUAGAGAGGGCAUAGGAGAGUGUGCUGCUUGCUGUGUGGCGAAUAUACCAGUGCCGGACGGCAGAGCAGACACACAGCUGAAGCAGCAGUGCAAGCCGAAGAGAACGUGCGGUUUUUCAGAAGAAAUUUUUUUUCUGCUCUGGUCGGAACCGCAUUGUGUGAACCGGCAGCAAAUUGUGUGCCACCCAUCUUCAUCCGGGGGCACCAUCAUCAUUAUUCGCCACUUCCUAUUAACUCCAACUGUGGCACAGACGUACGCGCGGCCUACUGUUGCAGCAACCUUAGGCUCUAGCUACAGUAUAUCAGCAGUGUGUGUGGACCUUUAAACGCCCCCCGUCUCGGCGCGACGUGGCCAUCCUCCUCACCCUUUGCUGACCACACCGGAAUCCCAGAUAAGAAUCUUCGGUGCUGCUACAGGUGGGCCCCCGUAUUGCGGAUUGCUGGUGGAGAAGUGGUUCGAUCAUCAAAGCCGUCUAGAUCUCGGUACUGUGGAGUGUGUCGUUAUGGUGAUUGUGUGAGGUUAUCCUACGCAUACCGGAGGUUGAUCCUCUCGCGCGCGCUACCCAAAAGGGAGAAGUGUGUAGUGUAUGUGCGUGCGUGCGUGUACAGUGCGUAUGAGUGUGGUAAUUUUCCCCGUGACCUGCUCUUGCCUACCGUUCUACCAUCCGGCCGCUCACGCUCUAUUCUCGCAAGAUCCUUUAAGGGCCGAAGCAGAUCCGUAUCAUGGAAGGAGGAAGCACCGGAAUGGACAAUACCAAUGGAUCGGACUAUACCAGCAGACUACCAUUAUCAACAGAAGCAUCAUCAACCCAGCAAACAGAACCAAAGCGCAGAAACCGUAAACGCAAAAACACAUCGGAAUCACAUCCACAUGCAGAAUCAGACAAUGUGCAACGAUCAGCAAAGCAGCGUCGGAGUAGCUUAUCCCGGACUUCGCCGAAUGCUGUUGCAUCGACGUCGUCCAGCACAUCCGCCAGCCUGCCUCCUGCAACAAAAUGCUCCUCCACGUCAGCGCCCCAGCCUACGGUUGGUCUUUCCAUGCCGAGCAUAUCGUCCAGUUCCUCGCUCGGUAGCAACAGCAAUGGCGGGCUACCCGUACCCGAUUACACCUCCACCGAUACGCCGGGCUCCUCGGAAUGCUUAACGAACGAUUUCGAUUACCACCAGCUCGACAGCCCUGCCACCGUUAACUCCAACGUGCUGAGUCCGUUCGAUGGUGACGGUUUAUCCGAGUGGCAAACGUACCAUCCGUCGGACCUGUGCUUUAAAAGUCUUGUUUGUGCUGCGAUUCCCGACACGAUCUGCUAUCUGACGGCUUCGCACAAACAGCGUUCCUGCCCGAUGCCACGCCUGUCGUGGGCAGACACACGCGAGAUGUGGGUGCUGAUGUCCCGAAAGGAUGAGCUGGGAUGGCUAGCCCGGAAACCGCUCAUGUUCGACGAUCAUCCAGGUCUACAACCUCGAAUGCGUGCGAUCCUGCUCGAUUGGCUGAACGAGGUGUGCGAAGUGUAUAAGCUGCAUCGGGAAACGUACUACCUCGCGGUGGACUACAUCGAUCGGUAUCUGAGCGUCAAGGAGGGACUGAAAAAGACGCACCUACAGCUUCUCGGUAUCACCUCACUGUUCAUCGCGGCUAAAGUCGAAGAGAUCUAUCCACCAAAAAUAGGCGAAUUUGCGUACGUGACCGAUGGUGCCUGCACGGACGAGGACAUACUGCGCGAGGAGCUGAUCGUGCUAAGCACACUCGAGUGGAAAAUUAACCCGGUUACGGUGAUGGGAUGGUUGGGCCUGUACAUGCAAAUAAACACCACCAGCCGACAGUCGGACGUGGUACGGCCGCCGGUGCUGGAGGAACGGUCCACCAACACCAUCCCGACCACCACAAUAGUAUCGCCGUCGCGGAAGCGAAAAAUCACGGAUGAAAAUGAGGACAGCAAUAAUGUUAAGCGACCGAUGCUACAGAAACCGUCGACAAAUACUGUUCCUAGCAAUACUACUAAUACUACUACCACAACCAAGACUGAUGAUGCAUUCGUGUAUCCACAAUUCUCCGGCAUGGAGUUUGCCCACACGGCUCAGCUAAUUGACCUGUGCUCGCUGGAUGUUGGGAUGGCCAAUUUCAAAUAUUCUGUGAUUGCUGCGGCCGCCAUCAGCCACACGUUUGAUCGCAAAACAGCAACGUUUGUGUCCGGGUUCCGAUGGGAAGAGAUAGCACCGUGCGCGAAAUGGAUGGAACCCUUCUUCCAGGUGAUCUGCGACGAGAACGCAACCUCACCGCUCACAUUCCUCGAAUCGAACGACCCGAUCAAGUACUGUCACGGGCUGAAGCACGUUUGCCCGAACCUGGUCUCCGACAGCUCCCACAUCAUCCAGACGCACACAACCUCGGUGGAAAUGCUCGAUUUGGUAAGCAUCAAAAUCGAAGAGAUGGAAGCGGAUGCACGCAUGGGACUGCUGGAAGCGUCCCCUGCACCGAUCGGCAUCAUCGAACCGGAGGAAGAAACCGGCAUCCUAACGCCACCGUCUUCGAAUCGCAAAUCGCUGGAAACGGUCGGUGGUGGUGGUGGUGGCGUUAUGACGGCCGUGCCGGAAGUAGCUCCGUCGGACAAAAUUGUCAACGUUACGAAGAUCAACGAUACGGCAGUCACAGCAGCUGGGACGUGGAGCACUUACUAGAAGAGAAGAGAGAUAAUGAGGGGCAUACUGAGAGAGAAGAUCUUGUUAAUGUUAUCUCGCAGUCCCUUUGCUCUUUCCUUCAUAUCAUACUUUCCUUUUCCAUAGUUCAACAGUUCCAAUAUUUUGUUUGCGCUUAUACUGAUUUAAAUUAUUAUUGAACAUGCUAUUCAUUACAAUCUCGAGAUGAGUUCCCGGUUGAGAGGUGAAGUGCAGCGGUUAAACAAAUAAUAACAAUUCUCCAUUUUCCUUUUUUGGAAUAUCAUUGAAAAGAUGAGCAGCUUAGACCAAGGGGAAUAGAGCUGUGUAAGGAAUGAACAUUGGCGAUUCCUUCUUCCCGUUUAAUAAUUUUUCCAACUCUCCAUUAUAAUUCCAACUAAUACCUAACAAACUCUAAAAUGCUUCUAACAAACGACUGAUGCUGCAACAGAAUCCCGAAGCGUUGCGUCCCAACCACACUAAUCCACUAACUGUCUCACUGCCUACCCCAAUGACACCUUAACGCCCUCUUGCGCUUAUUUAACGAACUAAUAAUUCACCUUUUUCCCUAUUCCGCGCGGCAAUAUUCAUUAUCUUCACCGUUGCGUUCAUUUGCUCCGAAUCCCCAUUUUCGCAAGGUUCGAAAAUCGAGCGAUUAGUUCGUUGUGUUUGUGUUGCUCAGAAGAAAUUAACCACACACACACACACACAUUCAUACAUUUUGUUAUAAAAUGGAGAAUUGGAGAAUUUAAUUCCUUGCGCCUGUUUGCUGUAAAGCGAAUAAAAAAACCCCGGGAACUUGCAGAAAAUCACGUGAAAACUAGCUAAACGAAUCGUUCACUACAUAAAACAGUACGCAAAUGUGAUAACAUUUUUUUACCAUUAUUCAUUUAUUCUUCACUUUAUUACUACUACCCCGCCACGCCUCCCAAACGCUGUUUCCUUUUGCCGUGUAGCGAUUGACUGACUGAAAGGUGAAAUAAUCAAUGCAAAAAGGAAAAGAAAACAAGUACAAAGAAACCACAACACACAGAACGUCUUUGGUGUUGUGUCUCAAAGGUGAAUAAAACCGGAAAAGAAUUCAAUAUUAUAGAAACCAAUUGUAAAGCAGCGCCAAACAACAGCAAACCAGCCUAUCGUGUAAGUUCAUACCCAGCAUUUAUGUAACUGCAGCAGAGGUCAAGCCUGACCCGGUUAUAACACAUUGUGAUCUAAUCUCAUUCGGACUCGGUUCCGCCAGGUAGCAAGGAGGACUCCGGCUACUAGGAAAAUAAAUAAGUCUAGGAACCAAUUCAAAAAAAAAAUGGCUGGUCGUGAUCCGCCAAGCCAAGAAGAAGGAUUGUAACUUUAUAGCAAUUUAAAUAGUGCGUUGUAGUGUUUUUCAGGUCCUAAAGUAGUAUGAAAAGUCUUUUUACACUUGUUUGAGCUGCUAUCAAUGAACAACUGAAUUUGGCACAGCGCUACUUGGUUCAAGCGAGCAGUUCGACCAGUGUAAAGACUGUUAGAAAUCGUUAGGAAGCUUACCACAAAUCCCGACAGAGGGUUCCUGUGGCCCCUACAGAACCUCUUUGGACCGAUCUCCCCGUAGCCGCAAGGACUGACUAUCCAGCCGGCUAUGUGGUACGACCAAGUCUAGUAAGCCAUUAUAUGGCGGUUAGCUCAGAAUACCCGCAACAUAAAGUCGCAGUGGGCUAGCUAGCGACUCAACAAGCGAUAUGCAAUUUGUAACUUAUGUAUAGCAAAAAACAAAAAUCAUUGAGUAGAGAAGUAACAUUGUGUAUCCUGUGAAUAUAUAGUACAGGAAGCCUCCUCUCGAUACAACCAACUGUAGAUAAAACUGUGCAAAAAGAACCUUAAAAAAAGAGAGUAUAUGAGUAGGAGGGCGUCCUUAUUUAAGAAGCCGUGUGCAUUGACCCGUCGGGGGGGCGGCACUCAGUAAAUGCUCGCCGCGCUAUUUAAGCUACUUUUUAUACGACCGAAUAGUGUCGAAUAGUAGGUCAAAAUCAGUUAAACAAUUUCAACCAGUGGCGUGCAGUUACUGAGACCCCCCCCGUCAAUGGAUAUAUAGACACAGCAAAUAACAUACGCUUAUCAACUAUAGAUAUCUGUUGCGCAUAAAGAUGCAAUAAACCGUGUGCAUGCGAAGGAUUUCCGUUAUUUUGUAGGAAAAUUGUUAGCCAACGUGUGUUUGUCCUAGAGCCUCACGUUAUGUAUGAUAAUAAGGGGAAAAGAAUGAUUUCAAAUGUAAAUGAAACCCCUGCAAACGUAUAAUAGUCAACCAUUUAAAGCACCUUGUGUGUUUGUGUGCUGUCGCUGAUAAGACUAAUAUCCCGUAUUUUUAAGGAGCCUUUAAAUUAAAUCAAUAAAACAUUGUGACUGUCUCUGAAA